AAAUGAAGUUUGGAAGACGGAGUGAUUGGACGAAAAGGGACUGAUGCGACGCCGGGGUGGCGGCGUCGAUGCAGGCGGGAGGAAGCGUGUGGGAGAACACCAUGACGGCAGCUUCGGCGUGUACAUGUCGCACAAGGUCCAGAAGCUCCGCAGCCAGAACGAGAGCUUCACUGCGGCGGCGUCGCCUGAUCGCGCGUCAAGUGGCAAUAAUGCAGGCAUCUUCCAGGGUAUACAUGUAUAUGUCGAUGGGUAUACGGUACCGAGCAAGGAGGAUAUCCGGCAGCUUAUGUUGCUGUAUGGCGGCGGCUUUGAACAUUACGAAACUGGGCGAGUGACGCACAUUGUCGCAACUCAUCUUCCAGCGUCUAAACUGCUGCAACUUAAGAAGGCAAGGAAGCCGCUUCCUGUCGUACACCCCGAAUGGAUCGUACAGAGCAUCGAGCAACAUAAAUUACUUCCCGUACAAUCAUUCCUGUACGCAGGGUUCACUGACCCCACACAAAACAACAUCUUCAGUUUAUCCGGAUCGUACAAUUUUGCGCAACUCGAAGACAAGCCGAGCUCUAACGAGGAGCCUGAUGAUGAAGACGACGAGUUGGAUGUACCGGAGGACCCUCCAGCGUCUCCACCACAAGUGGCAAGCAACAAAAAUUCAACCACAACGCUGAAGUUGCGCACCAAUUCCACAAAAGAUGGUCCCGAAUUUGUCCGACACUUCUUCGCCAAGUCCAGACUGCACCACAUUGGCACGUGGAGAGCUACAUUCCAACAGAAAGCAGCCGAAUUCCAAGCCAAAUACAAAGGUGCACCUAUAAACAGAGCCCCAGUGUCGUCGAGUGAUCGGGUGAUCCUCCACGUAGAUAUGGACUGCUUCUUCGUAGCGGUAGCAGUGCGAGACAAGCCAGAGUUACACAAAGUUCCCGUUGCUGUCGCGCAUUCGGGCAACGCUGGGUCGUCCGAGAUCUCGUCGUGCAAUUAUUUAGCACGAGCUAAAGGUGUGGGGGCAGGGAUGUUCAUGCAGACUGCGAAGGAACUGUGUCCCGAAUUAAUUGUCCUACCCUACCAAUUUGACGACAUUCAACGCGUAUCGUUCCAGAUUUACGACAUCUUCUUCUUACACACUCUGUACGUACAAGCAGUGAGCUGUGACGAAGCAUUUCUAGAGUUUGGACGAGGAACGAACGGUAUGGAGAAGGCCAAAGCCAUUCGAAACGAGAUUUUCGAACAUACUGGAUGCUCUGCCAGCGUGGGUGUAUCAUUUAAUGUCCUACUAGCCAAGCUGUCGUCCAAGAAGGCAAAACCCGAUGGAAUAUUCGAAAUUUCUAACGUAAGUCAAGCGGAAGAGUUCGUGCUGCAACUUACGAUCCGUGACUUACCUGGAGCUGGACACAUGACAAGUGCGAAGCUCGAAGCAUUGGGCGUUGAAAAUGUACGACAGUUAGUUUCAAUGACUAAAGGAGAACUUAUACAAUCACUCGGUAAAGCGUCGGGAGAAAUGCUGUAUAAUUACGCUCGAGGGAUCGACAUACGUCCGCUGUCUAUGGAGUCCAAUAUGAUGCGGAAAAGUGUGUCUGCAGUGGUGAAUUUCGGCAUUCGAUUCGAAAAAUGGGAAGACGCGACUGUAUUUUUGAUGGCGCUAGGCCAAGAACUGAGUCAGCGUCUGCGGAAUUUAAAUGUGCGAGCGAAAUGUUUGACGCUGUUGAUUAAGAAACGCGCGGGAGGUGCUCCUGUUGAGCCUGCGAAGUUUAUGGGUCAUGGUGUAUGUGAUAAUUUCUCAAAGAGUCAAAUUCUAGCUCAACCGACAGACGAUGAAGUCGUGAUUGGUAAAGCGUGUAUUGAACUUCUUCAACAAUUUAAUUUUCCCAGUGAAGAACUGCGAGGAGUUGGCGUACAAGCUACGAAGUUGAUCUCUGAUGCACCCGGUAACCAAAGAAGUGGACAGCUUUUUAAAGCGUGGCUGAAAGAUACUACAGGGAAUGCAAAAAACCAAGAAGAAUGCGAAGCAAAAGCCGAGGAUCCUAUAACUGAGACGAGUACGAAUGCGUUCGCUGCUACAAGUUUUUCGCAGAUUAAUAUCGGGGUGCUGGGAGAGUUACCCAAGCAGCUACAGCAAGAGAUAUUAGCUUCGUAUGGUCGGGGUGCGUCGGCUACUACUACUCAGACAAACUAUCAGCCUCCACUGAGACGUAAAACCAAUGGGAAGGCACCACUACGACGCAAGCAUCCGGCAAGGAAUAUUUUUGAUUCCAAGUCGAAUAGCAGACUUGCACGUAAUGUUCAUUUGUUGGGUACUGGAGAUUCUGGAAAGGAGGACGCACUGGAUGAUAUUCGAAUGUCCCAAGUGGACUCGGAAGUGUACCAUUCGCUGCCUUUGACGAUUCGAAGAGAAAUCGAUCGAUACGCGAAGAAACGCAGACCUACAUCAACUGUUGCUCCCAUCCCGAGACCCAGAGCUUCAUCGAUUAGUAGCCCCGAGCAACCGGUGAAGAAGAAGUUGACACCUGUUGUGCUACCGAGGAUUGAAGAUUUAUAUGCAGAUCUGGUUGAGAGUCUUCAUGACGAGUACCCUACAACUGGCACACGAGCACAAACGGCUGCGUUCGAUCCAAUCUACUCACGUAUUUUGGUCGAGGUGGAGGAUCGAGCGCUGGAUCAGGCCUUGCGUAUGCUCCGCUUCGUUCGUCGAAAAUGUUCCAGUGUAGCCACCCCGACGGAGCUUGCUGAACAAUUGAAGCGCGGAUUCAACCAUGUUCUUAACCUCGUGAAUCAAGAUAUUCGACGACAGUUCAACGGAGCAUUGUCAUUGCGGUUAGUGACCCCGCUAUAACAGAAACCGUCUGAAAUCUGUAAGUACUUUAGAUUAUUGCUUUUGUCUUCUUCUAAAUACAGAAGUACUAUAGUACCAAUCUGGAAGUGUUCAAAAGAAUAAGUUGAGUUGGGAAUAAGUUGCUGUCCUC